CUGACUCUUUAAUAGUCGGUGGUCCAGUUAUUAUUAUUAUUAUUGUUUUUCUUUACUUCUCUAGAACUCCUCAGCGCUCAAAUUUUUCCCGGCUUGGACUCCCCUCGAUGUGUGAUCAGAAAUGGAAAGAAAAGUAAGCAGAAUCUGUCUUGCUUCUGAACCUGAUAUAAUUCAUUUUCUACAAGUUGCUUGGGAGAAAACACUAGGAUCUGGUUUUGUUAUUACACUUACUGAUGGGCAGUCAGCAUGGACUGGGACAGUCUGUGAAUCAGAGAUUUCCCAAGAAGCUGAUGACAUGGCAAUGGAAAGAGAGAAAUAUGUUGAUGAACUGAGAAAAGCAUUGGUGUCAGGAGCAGGACCAACUGACACAUACAAGUUUAAUUUUUCUAAAGAGUCUUGUCACUUCUCCUUUGAGAAAAACUUGAAAGAUGUUUCAUUCAGGCUUGGUUCGUUCAAUCUAGAGAAAAUUGCAAGCCCAGCUGAGGUCAUUAGAGAACUUAUUUGUCACUGCCUGGACACCAUUGCAGAAAGCCAAGCCAAAAAUGAGCACCUGCAGAAAGAAAAUGAAAGGCUUCUGAGAGAUUGGAAUGAUGUUCAAGGACGGUUUGAAAAAUGUGUGAGUGCUAAGGAAGCAGUAGAGACUGAUCUUUAUAAACGGUUCAUUCUGGUGCUGAAUGAGAAGAAAGCAAAGAUCAGAAGCUUACAUAAACUGUUAAAUGAAGUUCAAGAACUGGAGAAGAACAUCGAACAUAAGAUGGAAACUCCAACAUGUUCUGAAAUGACUACUCACAGAGAUGCAAUCUAUGAUGAAAGUACUGAUGAGGACAGUGAAAUCCCAUCUAGUCCUUCUGUGUUAACUCCAGCUACUGUAAGAAGAGAUGAUUCCAUUAUUUCAAGUCCUGAUAUCCCUGAUAUUGCACCAAGUAGAAAGAGAAGGCAGCGGAUGCAAAAAAAUCUGGGGACGGAACCUAAAAUGGCCUCUCAGGAGCAACAGCUUCAAGAAAAGGAAAAGCUUGAUCCUCCACUACCUGAGAUGCCGAAAAAGGAUCAUGGCCCAGCUGAAAACAUGUCCUUAGAAACUCUAAGAAAUAGUAGUCCAGGAGACCUCUUUGAUGAGAUUUAAUUGUCUCAAAAAGUACUUUGAUAUUCACAAGACUGUGUUUUCUAUCCCAUUCUUUAAACUGCAAAAACAAAAUUUCAACUCAGCAGCAGCUCUUAGUGCACCUUACAAUUUAAUUACAUACACAAUGAGCUGAAACCAUUGUGCAAAAUGGAUUACACAUGUAUAUGAAAAUAUGAUUUGAUGACAGUGGUACAUUAUUCUAAUGUGCUCAUUCAGCAUGCCUGUAAUUACAUAAAAUCUCAGACCUUUUUAUUGCAAAGGUCACGUGUACCUUAUUCAUUUCACACAUAUUACAUGUAGUAGCUGUCUAUCCUGUCUAGGAAGAUUUUGAAAAUAGAACAAAUGAAAUGUCUACAAAUUCUUUUUCAAAUAAUCAUAUUCUAAACACUGAUGUUUGAGUAUUUUAACUUGUGGAAUGAUGUGCAAAAUCUAGUUUUAGUUUUUACACAAUCUGAAAAUCUGGUGAUAAAACUUUUGAUUGAAGAUUUUGUAUUCUUAAUAAAGUGUUAUCUUGCUUAA